AUGUGGGCCCUGUCGGGUGUUCUGAGAAUGUCCAGUGCGUCUUGCUUGUUGAAGAAAAAAUCUGUGUCUAAUCCGAGUUACCACAACCUGACGAAGGCCUCUCUACCGUUGGCCAAUCGUGUCGCAGCUUAUGGGAACGCCUCCCUGCUCCUGCCGGCAUUCAGCUACACAAUCUGUACUAAAGUGUCAUUGGAUGUUUACCACGCCCUUCGACCGCUGAGGCCCAAUCAGAAGGUGGUAUUCUUCAACCCCAAUUUCAUGCUUAAUCUGGGCAGGAAGUGGAAAGGGCAGGGUUUAAAAGAGCGCCGCCUCAGCACCGGGCUGAUGCUGGCUAGUGUGGCCAUGGAACUCUGCAAAGAGGUUCACAUUUACGGUUUCUGGCCCUUCUCUCUGGAUCUAAACCACAAUCCUUUGCCCCAUCAUUACUAUGACAACGUUGGCCCUAAUAAAGGCAUCCACUCCAUGCCUGAUGAGUUCCUACUGCUACUGAAGCUACACACACAGGGAGUGCUGCAACUACACCUGGGACGCUGCUGAACACACACACACUCAAACACUCAUGCAUACACACACACACACACUCCAUCUUUAUUGUUGAGUGUUUUAUGUUGAUUUAAAAAAAAUAAACAUUUUCAUA